AUGGCAGAACACAAGCUUGAGAAGAACAAUUUGGAAAAACCAGACAAAAGGCCAUGCUUCUACAAGAUCAUAUGGCUAACCAAUCGCACGAAUUUGAAGAUCCCGCCUAGAUUCGAACGCCAUCUACCAACGGACGUCGAAAAACUCAAAACCGCAACACUAAAGACUCCCGGUGGGAAUUGGAAAGUAAAACUCGUGCGACAACCGGACGGCAUAUAUUUCACGAGUGGCUGGAAGAAGUUCGUGAGAUGCCACUCGCUGGGCCAUGCCGAGUUCUUGAUCUUCAAAUACAACGGUAGUCUAUCCUUUGAUGUGGUGUUUUACGACCCAAAUGGGUGCAGAAGAAACUAUGGGCCGGGCCUUGGUGUUGCACCGGACCAAAGGCCCGCAUCUCUAGCUGGUCAAGCCGAACACAAUGAAGAUCCACAGUUUUAG